AUGCCGGGGCGCCGCACGCGCCCGCUCCUAGACGGCCGCGUGAGCCGCGCUGGGUCGCUGCAUGUCCACGCCUGGGCGUCUACGCGCUCUCACGCCUGGGCUGCCUCGAGCUCCUACGUCGGGGUGCGGAGCGCCCGCGACUGGCGGCUACUGUUAGGACAUCCAACUAACAAUAGGGUUAAAAAUAGAGUCUGCCGCCUCCCUCUUCCACCGCCGGCGACCGGGCGGGCCAUCGUCUCCGCCAUCGUCUCCGGCGAGGCGAGCGGCUACCACGUGCUCAGGAUCGAGGACUACUCGCGCAUCAAGUCCACCGUCCCUAACGACGAGCUCGUCGAGUCUCGCCGCUUCCGCACCGCUGAGCACAACGUGCUCAGGAUCGAGGACUACUCGCGCAUCAAGUCCACCGUCCCUAACGACGAGCUCGUCGAGUCUCGCCACUUCCGCACCGCUGAGCACACCUGGUCUGUACAGUACUAUCCCAACGGCUAUAUCUCGGAGAACGCCGACUACAUCUCCAUCUACCUAGUCCUCGAGGAUACCCUGGAGCAGUCGGGUCGCCUCAAGGACGACUGCUUCACUGUCAGGUGUGACAUCGUCGUCAUUGGCAAGCCACGCGCCAUGGACACAGCGGCCGCUCCCUCCAUCCUGGUGCCACCGCCGGACUGGCCGCAGCACUUCCGGGGGGCAUUCAUGCUGAGCGAGCGGGGCGCCGAUGUGCGGUUUUGUGUUGGCGGCCAGAAGUUUGCUGCGCACCGGUGCGUGCUCUCGGCACGGUCGCCUGUCUUCAACGCACAGCUCUUUGGCGCUAUGAGAGAAGGCACCACCACACAGGACUGCAUACAGAUUGAUGAUAUGAUGCCGCAGGUGUUCAAGACGUUGCUGCAUUUCUUAUACACCGACGCGCUGCCAGAGACAGACGGGAAAGAUGAUGAGGCUGCCAGCGCCGCAAUGGCGCAGCAUUUGCUAGAAGCCGCUGACAGAUACGACAUGCAGAGGUUGAAGAUGAUCUGCGAGGGGCAAGAUAUCCAGUGCACAUGGGGUGCCUUGUGCACAUCUGCACAUGGCCCAUCCUGGCCAUCCAAGGAGCAUCCGACGGCAGCUGCAACAUUUACACUUUAG